CGGUGCAGAGAGCAGCGUGGUCCAUCCUGUGACUGACUGACACCCGCCGGGGAGAAAAGUUACUCUGAGUUCGCGGACACACUGCCAACAUGUCUGGAGAUGACGAGACACAGGAGCAGACCAUCGCUGACGACUUGGUGGUCACCAAGUACAAGAUGGGGGCCGAGAUAGCGAACCAGGCUCUGAAGGUGGUGGUCGGGGCAGCUAUGACAGGCGCGUCCGUGCUCAGCCUGUGUGAAAAGGGAGACGCCUUCAUCAUGGCAGAAACCGGGAAAAUCUUCAAGAAGGAAAAAGACAUGAAGAAAGGUAUCGCUUUUCCGACUUGUGUGUCAGUUAACAACUGUGUAUGCCAUCACUCCCCACUGAAGAGUGAAACUGAUGUCAUACUGAAGGACGGGGACGUUGUCAAAAUUGAUCUGGGUGUGCACGUUGACGGCUUUAUCUCAAAUGUGGCUCACAGCCUCGUUGUUGGAGUGACCAAGGACAACCCUCUGACUGGACGGAAGGCUGACGUCCUCAAAGCAGCUCACCUCUGUGCCGAGGCUGCUCUGCGUCUUGUUAAGCCAGGAAACCAGAACACACAGGUCACAGAAGCCUGGAACAAGAUUGCAAAGUCAUUCAAGUGCUCCCCUAUUGAAGGCAUGCUGUCCCAUCAGCUCAAACAACAUGUGAUCGAUGGGGAGAAAACGAUCAUUCAGAACCCAACGGACCAGCAAAAAAAGGACCACGAGAAGGCUGAGUUUGAGGUGCAUGAGGUGUAUGCAGUUGAUGUGCUCAUCAGCACUGGAGAGGGGAAGGCAAGAGAUGGAGGUCAGAGGACCACCGUUUACAAACGAGACCCCAACAAGGUGUACGGCUUAAAGAUGAAGACAUCGCGGACAUUCUUCAGCGAGAUGGAGAGGCGCUUUGAUACAAUGCCGUUCACUCUGAGAGCAUUUGAGGAUGAGGGCAAGGCCAAGUUGGGCGUGAUCGAGUGUGCCAAGCAUGAGCUUCUGCAGCCAUUCAACGUGCUGCAUGAGAAAGAGGGUGAAUUUGUUGCUCAGUUCAAGUUCACCGUGCUGCUCAUGGCCAAUGGACCUCUGCGAAUCACAAACAGCCUCUUUGAGCCAGAACUCUACAAGUCUGAGCAUGAAGUGGAGGACGCAGAGCUGAAGGCUUUGCUUCAAAGCUCAGCCAGCCGCAAGACUCAGAAGAAGAAGAAAAAGAAGGCCUCAAAGACUGUCGAGAGCGCAACUGGACAGGCGAUGGAGACUGAAGCUGCAGAAUAAAUUUCUCUGACCCAAAGAACAGACGUCACGAAUCCUUCUGUCCCGGCUGUCUGAGGCACUUGCGGGCAUAGCCGCUGUGAAUACCUCUGAAUCUAACUGAUGUCAGUCUGGGAUAAUGAUGCUGCUCCUAAAUUCAGUCACUCCACCUAAAAAAAAAAACUAAAAAAAACACACACACACACACGCCUACAUCCCUAGUAAAUGUCACUGUCCUUGAGACAACCUUCUUCUCUUUAUCAGUGGACAACAAUUCUGCUACAAAAGAGGAUAUAUUGUUCGAGGGCGUAAUACUCACUGGAACAUUUAACUAUUCGACUGACCUUGAGCCUUCGUCCCCUUUCUUCUUUUUAGUGAAAGAUAUGGAAAAUAAAAUGAGUUGGACAGAGUGGCCAAGGAUGAUGAAUGCACUGUGUCAGCGUAAUCGUGUGGCAUUUAGAUAACUUCCAUGAGGUCAUGUACCUGAAGCCAUGCCUUUUGAAAUGAGGGUUAACUCGUCAUGGGCAGAAAUUUGUAACACCUCUUGAACCAUGAAGUUAUAAGCAUGACAUUAGUCAUUACUGUUGAUAUCAGCAUAAGUACUGCAUUUAUACUGCUCUCGCUUUAGGUCCGUCUACUAGAACAAUGUGUACGCUUAUAGGAAUCUGCUGUAGGUUACUCAGCUAACAAUUUCUAAAACUGACAAUUUAAGACGUACUGGUUGAGUAACUUAACUAGUAAAAAAAUAAUUUCUCAGUUGUGGAUGGUCUAACUCCUGCCAAGGGUUCAGCAUUCAGUCUUCUGGUGCCACCAGCGAGACUGACAGUCUGUGUUUACAUAAGAAUUCCAUACCUAUUAGAUUUAUGGAUGCUUUUGUAAAACAAAUCCCAAGUUUCAGAGACUAUUUUUGGAAACAUUAAAAAGCCACCUGACAUCAUUUGUGUUGUUGUGUUUUUGUGUGUAUUGAGCCGAUUGUCUUGAUGAGUGAAAGCGUGUUUUCAUGAAACAUUUCAUUGUAAAAUUAAAAAAAUAUCAGCCUACUUGA